UGAAUGUGGCUUUAUUAUACUUUGUGGAUUUUGGGCUGAUUAUUAAAUGAAAUAAACUUUUUACGAAUUGUUCUGUAAAUUAUUUUAAAAAUGUCUACUUUAAAGUGUCCAGACGAAGUUUUACACUUUCCCAAUCACAUGAGCAUUGAGAUUAACUAUCGUGAUGCAGUGUCCUAUUACAAAUGUAAACAAUAUGAUGCUAAACUUAUGAAUCAGGGCUUUGUUUGGCAUCAAAUUACUGUGCAGCAUCAUGGCAAACUUAUGGGUAUAGAGGGUAAGUAUGCCAUACUGGAAGCUAUAUUUGCAGCUGUAGAAGGUGAAGAAUUUUAUCCUGUAGCCUAUAGGCGUGGCAACAAAGAAGAUCGUUUUUUGGUACGCCAAUGUCAACCAGCCCUAGAUAAUCUAUUUGCCAGAAACCUAUGCCUACAUUUACCCAAAGGCAUUGUUAUCAACCUAAAAGUACAAUUAAAUGUAGGCGAAUUCAAGUAUGGUCAAAUUUCAGCCAUUAGCCAGGUGACCAAAGCUUUAAAUUCUUUAUAUGGUCGCAUGGAGCAUCGUAAUGGUGAAGAUGGCAUUUUGAAUUUGUCACUAUUUGCUCAAAAUCCCGAUUUCUAUGAUGUUGUUGUCAAUCUGAGCAAUCGUGGUGUUUUGGAACGUGUCUGUGAUUUGAUUUAUCGUAAUGAUGAACAAUUUCGUUCUAUCAAUGGUAUCAUUUUUAGUAGCAAUGAAAUUAAUACGUUGGCUCCCUUGAAACUGUUUAGUGGUGUACAAUUUGCUUUACUCGAUUUUAGGGAUAAUUUGUUACGUUCACCAAGUCGUAUAUGUCGUGAUUUGGAACAUUUGAAAGCCGACGAGCUAAUGCUACAAAGCAAUCCCCUUACAAAAGCUGUAACAUAUCCCGAAUGUUUAAGACCAGUUUUGAAAAACUUUAAAAAAAUUGAUGGUAUACCAUCGGAGAAUCUAUCAAGUGAUUAUACACCAUUAGAUAAUCUAAUAGAAACUGAGUCUGAAGGCUAUCGCAUUGAUUGGUCUAAUAAGACGGAUAUAAAUAAAUUUGAAUCCAGUACAGAUUGGCAUGCUUUUAUGAUUCCAGAUGUAGCUCAUGAAUAUUCCAAAGAGGAAAUAUUUGAUUAUUUUUUUCUCACAAUUUCCAAUACUUUAAGUGACAUUUAUCCCUGUUAUUAUAAGUUUACUGCUGGAGAGCAUCAGUUUUUGGUGCGUAAAUGUUUUCCUCAAAUUAAACAUUUGGUAGAUAAAUGUAAUUUGGAAAUAAAAAUCCCACGUCUCGAAGCGCCUCCACCACCUACAGAAAGCACAAUUGAUUUCUCACCACAACUACUUAUGGACAAAACUGUAGCAUAUUACUUAAAGAUGAAUAUAAGUCCAUUUAAAAAGGGACAAUUGGAACCUAUGGAAUGUAUCGAAAAAGCUCUUAGCCGUCGUUUCAGUGCCAUGGAUCGCAUGCUUGAUUUAAAUAAUUUUCAAACUAUAGAAGGUUUGGAAAAUAUUGUCAUUAAUCUUAGUUCACCUAAGAUUUUAACCCGCAUUCUAAUGCAAGCCUCACGUAAAUUUCUCUCAACAUGCAUUGAACUACGUUUGGCCCAUAAUAAAAUAUUAAGCGCCAAUUUUUCUAAAGUUUUGGCCAUGAUGAGCAAUUUGAAAGCCAUAGAUUUGGGUAAUAACUGGAUACAUGAUCUACAUGAUAUCAAAGAUUUGGGUGUCUUGGGUGUAAGAUCACUGAGAUUAGAUGGCAAUCCUUUAUGUUCCAAAUAUAGUUUUGCUGGUGAAUAUAUUAAAACUGUUAAGAAAUAUUUUCCAGAAUUGAAAAUUUUGGAUAAUGUUGAAAUUACUGCCAAAGGCAAUUUAACUUCGCAAAGGAAUUUCUUAUGUGACAUAUCUGGCUAUGAUUUUGUUAAUGAAUUUAUUACGCGCUAUUUUCAAACUUAUGAACACGAUCGUGUUUAUUUAAAAGAUCUAUAUCAUCCCAAGUCUAUUUUAACCUUAACUUGCAACUAUAAUAUGGCCAAAAUACCAGCACAAAAUAGUAAACGCAUUUUAAAUUAUUUGAACUUUGCUCGAGAUAUACUCAAAAUACCCGAUUUUAGUCGAGCUCAUACAUCUAUGUAUUUUGGUCCUACUGAAAUAUUGCGAGUUCUUAUGGAACUUCCUGGAACUACACAUGACAUGCUGACAUUUAGCACAGAUUGUACGAUGUAUAAUGAAAACAUGAUUGUUAUAAUUGUUAAUGGCGUCUACUUAGACCAAGCUCCUAGCAUAAUGGAAACCGAUAUAUUAAUGGGAUUUUCACGCACCUUUAUUUUGAAGCCUGUGCAAUAUAACAGGGGUCCACUUAAAAUGGUUACAAAUUACCAAAUAAUAAAUGAUCAAUUGAAUGUAUUUACGCCGACCGCUACUCAAACAAAAUUCGCUUUUAAAUAUUUUAAAAGCGAAGAUAAAUCAGACAAAGAUGAAUUGACGUUGAGCGAUAAGGAAGCUUUCUUGGUCAUGUUUCAGGAGGCAACUAGUUUAAAGUCUAUAUGGUGCACCAGAUGUUUGGACGAAGCUAAUUGGAACUUUGAAAAGGCUUUGGAAAUAUUUUUACAAUUAUCUGAAAAGAAAGAAAUUCCGGAUACUGCUUUUAAUUGAAAUGAUAUCUAUUUAAAAAAAAAUCACCUGCCACAUUUCUGUUAACAUGAUUUUCUAAUAGAAACUUUAUCUUUAAAAGAUUCCAAAUAAAAUAAAUCAAUUUCAAUUACGCUA